AUGGUAUCGCUGAUGCUUGUCGAAUUACUCACACCAUUUAUGUGGUUCCCUGACCUUAAAAACCCCGACCCCAAGAUAACAAAACCGACAGGACUUCUUGUUGCCUGUGACACAACACUAAAGAAUUAUGGAAAGGACAUUUCGAAGUGCACUAAAGAAAUCGGGUUCAGAAAAGAUAAAGAGGUCAUCCUGUCGCUAGUAGUGCUGGGUCUGGCAUUUGUUUGGUUCUUUGGUUCAUUUAUCGUUUUAAUCAAACUAUGCCGCUCCUCUUCACAUUGGCCAAAGUUUUUCAAAGGAUAUGUCAUAUUUGGCAUUAUCCUGAACCUAAGCAACGCUGCUCUGGUCGCAACAACGUGCUACUUUUUGGCGGCAGGAAAACCAAUCGUGUACAAACUUAACCGGGAUAAUGUUUCUAUUUCAUUCUAUGCGAUUCUGGUUGUCGGCGCCUUACAACUCUUGACUCUCAUUAUGCUUAUAUGCAUACUUUGCUGCAAGUCUGAAGACGAUGAUGAUGAUGAUAACGCGGAGAAAACCCAAUCAAAAUCGCCGGCUCUAUAUGGCGACGUCACAUUAAAUCGCCAACCCGAAAUCCUGCCUGAGUACAGUGCUCAAACGGACAAUGGCUGGAAGCCAACAUUUCCCUCCAACAUUCAGUUUGCAGAGCCGUCGCUGGGGGGUAAAUCCCAACUUUACCGGGACUGGACUCAUGUCACUCCAUCGACCGUUUUUGGUUCUCAAUAA